AUGUCAGGCGCUCUGGCUCCAGCAGCCAGUGCUCUGACUUCUGUAACUGGAGGUUAUAGUAUCAGACUGGUCAAUGGUAAUAAUGACUGCUCUGGAAGAGUUGAGAUCCUUUAUAAUGGCCAGUGGGGGACAGUGUGUGAUGACGAAUGGGACAUGAAGGAUGCUGCUGUGGUGUGCAGACAGAUGGGAUGUGGAACAGCUGUUAGUGCACAAACCAGUGCUCAUUUUGGCCAGGGAAGUGGUCCGAUCUUGUUGGAUGAUGUGAGAUGUUCAGGAAGUGAAUCAUCACUCACACAGUGCUCACAUCCUUCUAUUGGAAAGCAUAACUGUGGUCAUUCUGAAGAUGCAGGUGUUGUCUGCUUAGAUAUAAGAUUGGUCAGUGGGACUGACUCAUGCUGUGGAAGAGUGGAGAUCCGUUAUAAUGGCCAGUGGGGAACCGUGUGUGAUGAUGACUGGGACAUGAAUGAUGCUGCUGUGAUGUGCAGACAGUUACAGUGUGGAUCAGCCAUCAGUGCACCUCAUAGUGCUGCCUUUGGUGAAGGCAGUGGAUCAAUUUGGCUGGAUGAUGUUGUAUGCUCAGGAAGUGAAGGAGCCCUCACACAAUGUUCACACAAAGGACUAGGAAAACAUAACUGUGGUCAUGGUGAAGAUGCUGGCUUGUUCAGGUUAGUCAAAUCUUAA